UCGUUGUUGUUCUUGCUUACAAAUGUGUCAUGCUUAUAUAUUUUUGGUUCAUAUGUGUUUUGUUACUGUUUGCAAAUUUAUAUCUAACAUUAUAUUUGGUUCAUUACUUUCGCUUCUUGGUUCAUUAUUGAGUUAAUUUUUUUUUCCAAUUCAAACCUUAAUACUUUGGUAAAUCGAACUCCAAACCGAACCGAACCAUACCAAACCGAAACCAAACCGAAACUUAAUCGGUUUGUAUUUGGUACAUUUUCUAUCAAACCAAUUAAACCGAAACCGAACCGAAACCGAAAUGCACACCCCUAAAAGAAACACUCAAUUAAGUUCGUGAACUAUACGAAAAGUCGAAAACGAUAAAAUUUCAAAUUUCAAAUUUCGUAGGUCGAUUCCUAAUUAACUGGUCAUCGGCUGACGUGGCAAUCCGGUGGCAUGAUUUUAAUGUUUUUUUCAUUUUCUUAUUUUCAUGUUUCUUUCUUCUCCCGCAUAACCCCUCUUCUCCGUUCUUAUUCAGCGCACCCCGUCCCACCCCUCUUCUUCAACCCUCCCACUCCAUCCCCUUCCCUUUCCUCUUCUUCAACCCGCCCCACCCUCAUAUUACACUUUCAAAAGACUAAAUUCAUCCACUCUAUUACACUUUCAAAAUAUGGAAAAAUAAACUAAACUCAUACUACAAAUAUCAAAUCUUUUGGAUAGAAGUAUUAUUUGUAAAUUUAAAAGGAGGAAUGGUAUCUGUUUCUGAUUAAGAGGGUUGAAGAAGAAGGGGGAGGUGGGUGUGCUUAUGAAGAAGAAGGAAAGGGGAGGACGUGGGAUAGGCUGAAGAAGAAAGAAGAGGUAAUAAUAUGGACGUGAGCUCUCUCUUCGCCCUCAAGAACGCCAAAGGGAAGAAGAAGGAUCCAGUGGGUGCUUCCGCCAGGGAGGAGUCCUCCCAAGCUGCUGUUGCCGGUGCUGGUGCUGGGGGGUCCAAAGGUGUUGGGGCCAUGAAGAAAAAGAACAGUGGUAAGGGGACCGAGCCCCCGACCAAAAAUUUGAAAGCCGCGGCCUCCGGCAAGCAGCCGUCCACUGAUAUUGUCGUCAUCGUGGAUGAGGGGCACGCCUCCGCCCCUAUCCCUCAGGAGCACAUCAACCAAGACUUCUUCGACCGGGAGAAGUUGGAGGCGAUAGUGCCGAAGGGGGCAUCCGUGCUGGAGGGUAGCCUCAACCCUUCGGCGCUGAUGAGCCAGAUGCUGCCCUCGGCCGAUCGGCUGGCCCUCACUAGGAUGGACGAGGACUCCCUUGAGGCCAAGAUUCUGCUGAGCAGUGCCUCUAACUUCAUGGGCCUUUGUGAGUAUCUCCGAAGGGUGGAGCAGAUGAAGGGGGCGAAGGGUGCUGCUGAAGGGGAAGCUGCCAGCCUUAGAAAGAGGCUGGCCGAGGCCGAGGAUUCCCUCCGCUUGGCAACUGAUAGCAUGGAGCAGCGAGUGCAAGCUGCGAGGGCCGAGGGGAAGAGCGAGGGCAUGGCUGAGGCCGGGGAGGCUGCUGCCGAAGUCGCCCGCAUUGCUGCCGAGGAAGCCCAUGUGGCUAAAGAAGAGGCCGCCGCCAAGGCCCGGGAGGAUGUUGUAGCCGCCUUUACCGUCGAGGGGUGGAAAGCAGAGGAGCAGAAGGAGUGGCUGUCCUCGGUGGUGGAGGCUUCAGUGGAUGCUUGGGUUGGAGGCCCCGACAAAAUGUGGCUCGCUGAGAAGGGUGACUCCUAUUAUCAAGGUGGGGAGUUUUUCACCCAACGCCUCAUCUACCGAAAGCUCGCCAGGCACUUCAAACUUUCGCCGGAGGAGUUCCAGCCCGAAGCUUAUGGCCUUCCCCCUCGGCAACCAGACGUCAGGGUCCCCCUCCCCGAAGGCGGAGAGAGGUCGGUGCUUGAAGAUUCAGAUACCCUCAGGGAAUGCGGCCUCUGGGGUGAUGGAGAUGAGGCCGAAGGCGAAGCCACCUCCAAAGCUGUCGAAGGGGGCGACGCCGCAGCUGCCGAUUUGUAAUUUGUACUCUGAACAAUUCCUGAUGCACCUUUGUAAUAACAUUGUUAACUCUUGGCUCCAGCCCUUAUGAACACCCUGCCCUAUGUUUUUGAUGAAUAGAUGCCUCCGGGCUUUU